AUGCCACAUUCAAACAACAAUUCCAAUUCUGAAAAAAUUCAAGUUAGUGCAUUGCCUCAAUCGAUAGAUGAAGGUCCUUCGCCUUUUGUGCAGCAAGAUGUUUCAAAAAAGAAGUUAGUUAUGGCAAAGGUCAAUUAUUUGGACGAUUCCCAAUUGAAUUUUCAUAUUCACAAAAAUGCUCUAGGCUCUGUUUUGUUAGACUUGGUGAUUGCACAAAUGGGUUUAAUGGAACGUGAUUAUUUUGGACUAACAUUUUAUGAUGACCAAAAAUUACAGCAUUGGCUAUAUCCUGACAAAAAAAUUAAAAAACAAUUAAAAGGUGUUCAAUUAGAAUUCUUUUUCAAAGUAAAAUUUUAUCCUCCUAACCCUACACAACUUUUGGAAGACUUUUCUCGUCAUUUGCUUUAUUUACAACUUCGAAAGGAUGUUUAUAGUGAACGUUUACCAGUCUCAUUUGCCGCCCAAGCAAGUUUGGGAUCAUUAGUUGCACAGGCAGAACUUGGUGACUAUCAACCUUCUGAAAAUUAUGCACAACUUCUUAGUAGUGUCAAAAUAGCUCAAUUAACUUCUGAACAAGAGCAAUUUUGUAAUAAAGUUGGAGAUUUACAUAAAUUACAUAGAGGACUUACUCGAACAGAAGCUGAAUUGGCAUAUUUAAAUGAAUGCAAGUCUUUGGCUAUGUAUGGCAUUCAUUUAUAUCCAGCAAAAGACAGUAAAAACAAGCCUAUUCAAAUUGGUAUUUCUUCUGUUGGAAUAAGCAUUUUUAACGACCAAAUGCGUGUACAUCGUUUUUCUUGGGCUGGAAUAAUUAAAAUUGAAUAUCGUAAAAAUAAAUUUGGAAUUAGAUUGAAGCCUGGAGAGUUGGAUCAAUCACAAAAGAAAUCAACAACUGUCUCUUAUGCUCUAGUUGACUAUAAACAUGCUAAAUUGGUUUGGAGAUGUGGAGUUGAACACCAUGUUUUCUUUAGACUUGUUCAACCAGAAACUAAACACAAAAAUUCAUUUCUGAGUUUUGGUUCUGCACGUUUUCGUUAUACCGGCCGAACAAAUAUUCAAUCACAAAUGGUCUCACAAUUAUUUGAAACAAAUGCUCCAACAUCUGCUUCCCUUUCUAAAUCAAAAUCUGCAGAAAUGCUGCCACAAAACCAUCAAAAAGAGCCUCAAACGCCUUUAAAUUAUAUGGAUGAACAACUUGCCCAUGUACAACCACUAGCUACUAGUACUGCUCGAAGCGAUAAGAAGUAUGAAGAACCUAAAAAAGACAAGACAGAUAAGAAAAAAAAGAAAAAUAAAGAAAAGAAGCAAACUGCUGGAAUUUCUUCUGCUUCAACUUCGUCUUCUUCCUCUUCAAGUUCGGAUGCUGAAACAGAGGAAAUACACAUUGUUUCUGGUGAAGGUCAAAAUUUACAGACAUCGAAACAAAAGGUUGAACCUCCUCCUCCUCCUGCACAACAACAGACAACUUUGGAAACUUGCCAUGAGGAGAUUAUUGGCCCAGAACAAGUUACGACAGAAAUUGAUGCUGAGGGAAAUAUUAUAAAGCGGGUUGUUCGAACCGAACAGAUUCGCCAUACUGUCCAGUCUCACUCUGUCCAGUCUGUUCCUGUUGAUGAAAAUGGAAAAUUUGAAAAUUCUCCAACAACAGCAAUCAAUAAUUCUCUUCCAUUUUCUAAUGGCCAUCAUUUAAUUGGUUCCAAUGAAGAAGCUAAAGGGGAAUUGGUUUCUUCAAAAGUUGUAACUACAGGAAAUAGAACUGUGGAGACUUUAACGUACAAAACAGAAAAAGAUGGAAUUACGGAGACAAGAGUUGAACAUCGAAUAACUAUUCAUAGCAAUGAAGAAAUUGACCACGAUUCGGAAUUGAGUAAAGCUAUAUUAGAAGCUACAAGUAUGAAUCCAGAAUUAAAAGUUGAAAAGGUGGAAGUUUCAAAGAAAUGA